AUGUCACAAUCUAUUGAGCAUAACAAUCCGAGUAUGAAUUCUGCGACUGAGUUGGAUCUCGAGACCAUCUGGAACUGGAACGCUGUGGUUCCCAGCGCUAUUGAAGGAUGCGUGCACGAUCUCAUUGCCGACAUCGCGGCCAAGCAGCCCGAUGCCCUUGCCGUCUCGGCUUGGGAUGGCGAACUGACAUAUUCAGAAUUGGAAUCCCUGGCGACGCGACUCGCCGGUUGCCUUCUGGACAGGGGAAUCGCUCCGCAAACCAACCUGCCUCUGCUUUUCCCAAAGUCCAAAUGGACCUGCGUUGCCAUGUUGGGAAUCAUCAAGGCGGGAUGCGCGGUCGUUGCACUCGAUACCACGCAGCCAGACGCCCGACUGCGAUCGAUCGUACAGCAAAUCCAACCAAAGCUUCUGAUCGCAUCAGCAAGCCAGAGAACAAAGGCCGCCCAGUUGACGGAUGCGCCAAUCCUUCAACUGGAUGACUCACUAUUCGAGACCCUACCGCGACUACCUGACCUUGAAUGGCAACUGAAACUCCCCGCGGUGUCGCCGUCGCAUAUUGUAUAUAUCUCGUUCACGUCUGGAACUACAGGGCAGCCGAAGGGCGCCUGCAUCAGUCAUGCCAAUGUCCGGAGUACGGUGCAUUACCAAGGAAAAGCGCUGGGAUUCGAGCCCACGUCGCGGGUCCUGGACUUUGCGCCGUAUGCCUUCGAUGUCGCGUGGAGUAAUUUCCUCCACACGCUCUGCGCGGGAGGGUGUCUCUGCAUCGCGACCGAACAGGAGAUGCUGAACGACCUCUCGAGCGCGAUUACCUCCUUCCGCGCAACAUUAAUCAAUGUGACCCCCACCAUCCUGCGCACCGUUAGCCCGGCGCGGACGCCCACGCUAGAAACGGUUCUGCUGAGCGGCGAGAUGCCGUACCGCGACAACAUCACCCGCUGGGCGGGAAAGGUCCGGCUGUUGAAUACGUAUGGCCCGACGGAGUGUACUUUCAAAUGUGCCUUCUCCGUCCUGAUUCCGUCCUCCUCUCUCGAAGGGCGACCGGAUAUCGGCCGUGGCGUCGGAUUCUGCACUUGGAUAGUGGACCCGGGCGACUGCAGUAAGCUGGCCACGGUUGGCGGCGAGGGUGAGCUUUUACUGGAAGGGCCUAUGGUGGGCCAGGGCUACCUGUCGGAUCCGCAGAAGUCCGCGGAGGCCUUCAUCAAUGAUCCCCCGUGGCUCUUGGAAGGGAGUCGGAGUGUUCCUGGCCGACACGGCAGAGUUUAUCGGACGGGUGAUCUGGUCAAAUGCAAACCCGACGGACGGUUGGUCUUCCUGGGUCGGAAGGAGACCGCCCAGGUCAAGAUCCGAGGACAGCGGGUUGAAAUAGGCGAUGUGGAGUAUCACGUUCGGGGAUAUCUGGAUGAAGACACCGCGGCGAUUGCCGACGUGAUUGUGCCCCGCGGAAGCGACACGGCUCUGCUGGCUUUGUAUGUCCAGGUCCAGCCCGACUGUCGCGAUCAGAUUAAGGCUCAGCUCGACUCUCUGCCGGGUAAGCUGCAGGAGACCUUGCCGGCUUUCAUGAUUCCCAGCGUGUACAUCCCCGUGCCGGACAUUCCACUCGCCGCGACGGGUAAGGUCAAUCGAAAACGACUGCGCGACAUGGGCAAUGAGCUGGAAUGGAGUCAGCUUGUCCAGCUUCAAGCCACCAUUAUCACCCCCGUCGACCAUCACGAACCGACAACUUACACGGAGAGUCAACUCAGAUGCAUCUGGGCACAGGUCUUGGGAAUAGAUGCCAGUAGCAUUAGCACGGCCGAGAGCUUCUUGCGGCUAAGAGGGGACUCGAUUGCUGCCAUGCAUAUGGUGGCCGCAGCGCGGGAACAGGGGCUAUCCCUGACGGUCGCGGAUGUGUUUACAACGCCGAUUCUCCGGGACUUAGCUCAGAAGGUGCAUCGCGUGGAGAGGGAAGAAGGAGAAGAAGCGGUGGUUCCCUUCUCUCUGCUGAGAAACCCGACCAACAAGGUUGAAGUAUGCGAGCUAGCGGCCAAAGCUUGUCGAGUCGCUGUCACUCAGGUUGAGGACAUUUAUCCGUGCACAGCCUUGCAGCAGGGCAUGUUGGCAAUCACCGCUAGGCAGACCGGAGUCGAUUGUUUCUCUCGUACUGCUUUUGCGCUCUCGGAGGAAGUCGAUACGAACCGGCUGGAUAAGGCUUGGGUAGAUACCGUGGCUGCAAUGCCCAUUCUCCGGACUCAAUUCCUCGAACUAGUGGGGGAAGGGCUGGUCCAGGUUGUCACCCGCUCCGUUGCCGAAUUGCAGGAGUACGGGACAAUUCGUGAAUUUAUGGAUCAUGCCCAGACCUCUGUGCUGGGGCGACCGCUAUGCCGCGCCGGUCUCGUUAACAGUGCACCUGAACGGCUCGUCGUCGAAAUGCACCACUCUAUUUUCGAUGGAUGGACCUCCAUGCUAGUCUUGGAGACUCUGGAAUCUGCUUAUCGUUCGUCCCAGCAAUCAUUAGUACUCCGUCCGUUCCAACCAUUUGUGAAGUAUAUUCUUAAUCAAAACCCAGAAAAGGCAAAGAACUUCUGGUCCCAUCAGCUGGCCGGCUGCAAUGCCACGGUUUUUCCGUCCGCUGAGUAUCGCCCCAACAGAAAGCUGGAUUACAGCCAUGCCGUCACCGGAUUGCAGUGGCUGCAGUCUGAUAUUACCCCAUCUUCAGUGGUGCGCUCCGCUCUCGCAGUGCUGCUCGCAUCGUACACCAACGCCGCGGAUGUCAAAUACGGAGCCACGGUGAGCGGAAGGCAGGCCCCGGUGCCUUCGAUUGAGCGCAUCGCGGGCCCGACGAUAGCCACCGUUCCUGUCCGAGUGCAAAUUGACAGGGCUCAGACGGUGGAGGGGCUGCUUCAGCAGGUGCAAUUCCAGGCAGUGGAGAUGACGGCGUUCGAGCAGUUCGGCCUCCAGCAAAUCCGGCGCAUUGACGAGGAUACCGACGCUGCCAGUCAAUUUCAGCUCUUGCUGGUCGUGCAGCCAGAAGAUCAAGGUGCAAGCCGGAGCAAGGCGCGUGAGGCUAUUUUCUCGACGCCGCAGAGCGUCUCCGCUACAGACGAGGAUGAUUACAUUCUGGUCGUCAAGGACGGGGAAUCUGACCACAUGGCAAUGUACAACCCGUAUGCAAUGAUGAUUAUCUGCCAGUUGAAAAAGUCCGGGGUGGAGCUUAAGAUCAAUUUCGAUACCGGGGCGAUUGGGCAGGACGAAGUGCAGCGAUUCGCGAGGCAGUUUGAGCAUCUUCUUCGACAAUUAUGCUCCGAGCAGCUUCGCGACGCCAGGAUAGACGAGCUCAAUCUCGCUACGAAAGAGGAUUGUGCGGAGAUCAGGGAGUGGAAUUGUGGUUCCAAGGUAGCAGCCACUGAAUCCGUAUCAGCCACGAUUGCCCGCCACGUUGCUGAGCGACCUGAUGCGAUUGCUGUUUCGGCUUGGGAUCAAGAUCUCUCCUAUGCUCAGUUAGCCACGGCGUCUGUGAAUCUGGCGUAUCGCCUGCAAGCGCAUGCUAGUGUUGAACCCGGCUCUAUCGUUGUCUUGGCCUUGGAAAAGGGCUGCUGGCAUGUUAUAAGCAUGCUUGCGCUUUUUCAGCUUGGUGCGAUCGCCGUGCCGGUUUCUGCCUCGACAUCACCUCAACGGGCGGGUCAAAUCAUUGAUUCUUUGCAGCCCAAGCUUACUUUGACAAUGGCUGAGCCUGAGCUGGUUCCGUUCUCCGCCAAGAUGCCCACGGUCAAAAUUCUGGAUCUUCUCAAGGACAGUCCUUCAGCCUCCGCUGAUUCACGUUUGCUACCGCCCAGUCUGUCCAAGCCGGCGCUCAUUUUGUUCACGUCUGGAUCAACUGGAACUCCAAAGCCAAUCCAGUGGAGUCAGCGGGUCUUGUCCAGCAAUACCGCGGCAGCCAUUGCAUGUUUCGGCCUCGAUACUAGCAGUCGAGUCUUUCAGUUUGCUGGCUAUGAUUUUGACGUGAGCGUUGUGGAAACAUUUGCUACACUCUCGGCAGGAGGUUGUCUUUGCAUUCCCUCCGAAUUGGACAGGACGAACCAGUUAACCGAGAGCCUCGUGAAUAGCGGUGCCAACUGGGCAUGUUUGACCCCUUCAGUCGCGGCUUCCCUGGAGCCUACGCGGCUUCCAUCUUUGAAGACCUUGGUUCUAGCCGGAGAGAAGUUGCAAAAAGGGAUGGCUUCGGCUUGGGCGGCGUCAGUGGAUGUGCUGUACAAUUGGUAUGGACCCGCCGAAGCAUCUGUCGCUACUUCCUGUAAAGUAGAAUGGGGGACCUGGGAGCCAGGUGUCAUCGGAAAAUGCAGCCCCUUCGCAUCAACCUGGCUUGUCAACCCCAACAACACUGAUGCCCUCGCGCCCAUUGGGGCGAUCGCCGAACUCUGCAUCGAGGGCCCCAUCUUGGCCACCUAUGCAGGAAGCAGCGGGUCUCGCCUCAACAAAGCGGCAUUUUUCCCUCCUUCUUGGCUGCCGCAGGAUGGGUGCGUCUAUCGAACGGGAGAUCUGGUCAAAUACAGCGCGGAUGGCCGCAUUCUGUUCCUCGGCCGUGUGCAGGAGGCGCAGCGGAAGAUCAACGGACAGAGGGUGGAUCUUGGCGACAUCGAGCGAUGCAUUCAAACCUUCCUGGUUGGGGUGGGCAUGGAGGAAGUUCAGGUCGUGGCAGAGAUCUUCAUUCCAUCCCGCAGUGAGAAGGAGACUCUCGCGGUGUUUUUCAGCUGCGGCGAUGAAGCCGUCACCACUAGCAGGCGCAAUAUUCCGGUGGAGGACCUUGAGCAGCAUCUAAUACCGUUAUUGCCUUCAUUUAUGAUUCCAAAGCUCUACCUCCCCGUGGCAAAGAUUCCACUCGGUCACACCGGAAAGAUUGACCGUCAACGUCUCCGCCUGAUCGGCAGCUCUCUCACGUCUGCCCGGCUGGUCGAGAUGCAACCCUCCCGCCAGAAGGCAAGAACCCCCUCUACUGAUGAGGAGGUGCGCCUUCAAGUUCUGUGGGCGGAGGUUCUUGGCCUGUCACCGGAUAGCAUUUUUGCGACAGACCAUUUUCUCCGUCUAGGGGGAGACUCGAUUACCGCGAUGCGUCUCGUUGCUCUUCUCCGUCAGUCAGGACAUUCAAUCACCGUUGCUGAUGUUUUCGAAGCCCCGAUGCUGGAGGAAAUGGCAAACAGGACUAUGAGAAGUACCGUCGACAGCAAAGACGUGCUUCCCUUUUCACUGCUGCGUCCCGGGGUAAGUGCGCAUGACAGCCGGCGACAUGCCGCUCGGCAGUGUGGAGUUUCAGAAUCAGAGAUAGUGGACAUCUACCCAUGCACCGCUAUACAAGAAGGAUUGCUUGCCCUUGGGGUCAAGAAUCACGGCCAGUAUAUCUCGCGGAGUGUGCUCGAGAUUCAACGAAACGUGGACCUCGAUCGACUGCGACGCGCUUGGAAGUCUACGGUGCAGAGCUUGCACAUACUCCGGACCCGGAUCAUUGACCUGCCUGGUCGAGGAUUUGUGCAAGUCUUGCUUAACGAGGAUGCGGCAGCUAACUGGCCGCCCGCUGGAGAAAAGGACGAUAUGGGGAUAGCCGGAUAUCUACAGAGGGACGAAAAGGAGUCUAUGGGUCUGGGAACAGCGUUGUGUCGGGCUGCCAUUGUCGAUGGCAGCUUCAAUCUGACUAUCCACCAUUGUACGUACGACGGCAGCUCCUUGGAGAUGAUCCUCCAGAUGCUGGAGGCCCAGUACCUGGGGCAACAGGACGAGAUAAGUGUCACUCCGUUUCACAAUUUCAUCCAAUAUCUGCAACAGUGCGAUCUCGACAAGGCGCAACUGUUCUGGCAGACACAGCUCUCGAACAUCGAAAUGCAACACUUCCCAGCUCUGCCCUCAACAACGUAUAUCCCCCAGGCGAACGAGCAACUGGAUCAGGUGAUCUUGGUCGACUGGCCUAGAACGACGGGAAUGACGCCGUCAACAAUAAUUCGUUCUGCCUGGGCAAUCCUCCAGUCGCAGUAUGUCGCGUCUAACCAGGUAAUUUUUGGGGCGACUACGAGCGGCCGGCAGGCAAAUAUGCCGGGCAUUGAACACUGUGCAGGCCCGACCAUUGCAACCGUACCUGUUGCGGUUUCCAUUGACUGGAGUCAAACCAUUCAGGGGUUCUUGGCACAGAUCCAGCAGCAAAGUGUCCGCAUCACCCGACACGAGCAAUAUGGUCUGCAGAGGAUCCAGCGCACUGUUGAUAAUGCGCCAGCCAACGGCCUCUUCCAGACGUUACUGGUUGUGCAGCCGGUAGCUGAGGGGAAAAGUCUGCAGAAGGAGAGCUUCUUGUUUAAAGCCCGAAGCCAUUCCUCGAAUCUCGAUACCCGGGGAACGGAUCCUUUCAAUGUCUAUCCACUGAUGCUGAUCUGCGAGCUAACCACCCAGGGCGUCAAACUCCAUAUCAGUUUUGAUAAUCGGGUUAUCGAAAGCACGCAAGUUCACCGUCUGACUCUCCAAUUUGAAACCAUCCUGCAACAGAUCUGUGCGAGCAAUCCGGAAACAAUGUCUCUGGGCGCGAUAAAAACAGCUUCGGACUCGGACGUGGCCCUGUUUUGGGAGCGAAAUGCCAAAUUGCCUGAAGAGCCGGACAUCUGCGCGCAUGAGGCGAUCUCGGCCCUGGCGAGAUCCCAACUGGACGCGAUCGCGAUUAAUGCCUGGGACGGGCAACUCUCCUAUGGGCAACUAGAUGAGCUAUCUACCGGGGUUGCCCGGAAUGUCAUGGAGGCCGGAUUCGUUCCCGGUUCCAUUAUCGCCGUGUGCCUAGAAAAAUCUAAGUGGGUUCCUGUCAUUCAGCUUGCGAUUUGGAAGUCUGGAUGCGUUGCCUUGAUUCUGUCAGCCGCAGUGCCAGAAGAGCGCAUGGCCACCGUAUGCAAAGAUCUCGGCGUGGCCGCUGCAGUUAUCUCGCCGUCUCGGAUAAACUUGAUUGCAAAGCAUACACGAUGUCUCACAGAGAAUGAUCUGCUUCCCAACACUUCUGCUCGCAGGGCUGCGUUUAUGGCUCUACCCCGUGUGGGCCUGACAGAUCCUGCUGCUAUCCUGGUCUCGUCGGGGAGCACUGGAAAGCCGAAGCAGAUUCUAUGGACUCAUCGGACACUGGCCGCGAAUGUCCGAGCUCUUGGGGAGACACUCAGUUUGAACUUCACGUGCCGCGCUUUUCAGUUUGCAUCUUACGACUUUGAUGUUGCCACGCUUGAGACGGUCUCGACUCUGCUAUACGGCGGGUGCCUCUGCAUUCCCUCCGAGUCCGAGCGACUAAACCGCCUGCCGGCAGUGAUCAACCAACUUGGCGCCAACAUGCUGCAUUGCACCCCAUCGACUGUGCGACUAUUGCAACCGGAGGAGGUGCCAAGCCUCUCCACCCUCGUCUUCAGCGGAGAGAAGCUAAACCAAGACGAUAUCGAAAGAUGGAAAGAGACAUGCACAGUCUUCAACUGGUACGGUCCGGCGGAGUGCUCAGUCGCAGCGAUCUGCGCGGCGAGCCUGUUUCCCUGGAAAUCGGGGGUCAUUGCGAGCGGUGUCAAAUCUAUCACCUUCCCCAACCUGCCCCUCUGCUGGUUGGUGGAUCCCCAAAAUCACAACCGGCUGGCGCCGUUUGGUGUCCCGGGCGAGAUCGUGCUUGAGGGCCCGACGUGUGCGACUCGGUACAUUGGGGACUCGUCUCUGACGGAGCAAGCCUUUUGCGACAAUCCUGACUUCCUGACAGCCGGGUCUGUGGGGAAUCAGUCGGGACGGCAGGGACGCAUUUACCGCACCGGCGACCUGGCUCAAUAUGAUAGCCAGGGCAGUCUCCUCUUCCUUGGGCGAAGGGACGCCCAGAUCAAGGUUCGGGGGCAACUGGUGGCCCCCGAAGAAGUUGAAUGCCGCAUUCGCCAAUGCUUGGACCAAGAUGAUCUUCAAGUAGUCGUUGAUGCCAUUAUGCCCCCUGAUGGCAAGCCGCCGACGCUGGUGGGCUUCAUCGUAUCAGACGACGUCGAUAACCUCACACAGGGGCUUGACCAAAAACUUCAGAACUCGUUACCCCCUUAUGCUGUUCCAUCUUACUACAUCUCCAUACCUUCAAUCCCCACUGGGCCGACCGGGAAGAGAGAUCGGAAGAGGCUACAAGAAAUUGGUGCCGCUUUCACACCAGUGCGAAAAUCUAGCAGCGGCCCACACAUCAAGCCUACUCUCCCAGCAGAGAUUGUGCUGCAAAAGCUAUGGGCAGCCGCACUGAGUAUUUCUGCUGAGGAUAUCUCCGCGACAGACAGUUUCCUCCAGAUUGGCAACUCGAUCGACGCAAUGCGCUUGGUCGGUCUUGCCAGAGAGCAAGGGUUGUUGCUGACUGUGGCGCAGAUCUUUGAACACCCAGUCCUAUCGGAUAUGGCAAGCGUGCUGCACACCCAGGGAGAGGCUGACGGCGGUUUAAUUGGGCCAUUCAGUAUGCUGAGUCCAGGGUUGGAUGCUCAGCACGCUCGUCAACAGGCUGCACUACUAUGUGGCCUCAACGAAGCCAGCGUUGAAGAUAUUUUCCCCUGCACCCCGCUGCAGGAAGGUCUGCUAUCACUGACAAUGAAGCAUGAGGGAGACUACAUCGGUCAUAAUAUCAUCAAUCUCAGUCCCGGCGUCAACACAGACCAAUUUAGACAUGCAUGGGAACAGACCGUGGAGCGCAUUCCCAUCCUUCGAACACGCAUUAUCGAUCUUCCAGGCCAGGGUCUGGUGCAGGUUGUGACCAAAACAUCCACGCGGUGGACGACGGCCGUCGGACGCGAGGACUACAUCAAACAGAAUAAUCAGCGUCCCAUGGGCCUGGGAACGUCCUUGAUGCGAUACAGUCUCUUCCCCGCGGGCGGCAAAGGAGAACAAAAAGAUUGUGGCGUCUCAUUUGCAUUGACGAUGCACCAUUCAAUCUACGACGGGGUUACCACAGGUCUCAUCAUGGAAACCCUGGACGCUUGCUAUCACCACACCACCCCGCGCAAUGUCUUUACGUUGCAAGGCUUGGUGCAAUACAUCCAAGCCAUUCCUCAAGAUCACAAACUCGACUUUUGGACUUCGCAAUUUGCAGGUCUCGAAGCAGCCCAGUUUCCAGUCUUGCCACAUUCGACCUACCAGCCCCAAGCGGAAUCGACGUUGACACAUUCAAUUCAUAACAUCCGCUGGCGCUUGGAUGAUUUCACCCCCUCCAUGACAGUUCGUGCAGCAUUUGCAAUGCUUUGCUCGCAGUACUCCGGCUCGUCGGACGUUGUGUUCGGAGUCAUUGUCAAUGGUCGCAGUGCCCCGGUGCAGGGGAUCGAGCGAUUAGCAGCCCCUACUAUCGCCACUCUCCCUAUCCGACUGCGAUUGAACGAGGAGGAGAGCCUUCAGGCCCUGCUAGCGAGCAUACAAAGUCAGGCAACGCAGAUGAUCCCUUAUGAGCAAAGUGGACUAUCGAAGAUUCGUCAGCCGGAGGAGCGGAUGGACAAAAUUAGUCUAUUCACCCCCGAGUCACAAAGCCGGGAGAGCGAGAAAGAUCGUUAUCGCGGAUUCAACUCCUACGCUCUCACACUGGGUUGUACCGUUUUAGAUGAUGGAGUGGAAUUGAUCUUCUGCUUUGAUGAAGCUGUGGUUGAUAUUCCAACAGUUCAAAUCCUGACAGGGCAGUUUGGGCACCUAUUGCGCAUGCUGACGUGCCACAAGUUCGAUGAAGUCGCCAUAGGUGGGCUUGAUAUGACCAGUCCUACUGAUGUGGGUCGCAUCUGGCAGUGGAAUGAACAGAUCAAUCCGAGUGUCGAACGAUGCGUUCAUGACGUUAUCUCUGAAAGAGCGAGGGAGCAGCCAGAUGCGACAGCCAUCUGUGCAUGGGAUGGCGAACUUACCUACCAAGAGCUAGAUAGACAGUCGACUGCGAUUGCCCACCAUCUGGUCGAACAAGGAGUUGGUACAGGUAUGAUUAUCCCUCUAUGCUUCGAGAAGUCGAUGUUUGCGAUACUGGGCUUCUUUGCGGUCAUCAAGGCUGGGGCUGCUGGACUCUUCCUUGACCCCUCUCUACCAGAAACGCGACUGCGGAUGAUGCUUCAACAAGUACAGCCAAUCUUAGUUCUGAGCUCAACAGCUAGUCAGGGACUAUGUUCCACGUUGACUUCAACUGUUGUGGUAAUCGAUCAGCAAUCCCUCAGUCAGCAAUUCGGUCACAAUUUGGAAGAUAGACCAUUGCCCAUUGUCCAGCCGUCGGAUCUGCUCUACUGCGUGUUUACGAGUGGGAGCACUGGAACCCCCAAAGGCUGUCUGGUGCAGCAUCGCAACUUCUGCAGUUCCUUCGUGCAUCAACGGUCCACUCUCAAAUUCGACCGCUCGAGCCGCGUGUAUGCGUUCUCCUCUCACUCGUUUGAUGGGAUUUACUGGGAUGCGCUGCAGCCGCUGGCUGCAGGCGGAACCGUAUGUGUCCCAAGCGAUGAGGAAAGGAAAAGCAACCUGACCGAGAGCAUCCGGAGGUUCCGGACUACCGACCUGUUCUUGACGCCAUCAACGGCCCGUUGGGUAGAUCCCACGCGCAUUUCGACCCUGCGAGCCAUCUUCCUGGGUGGCGAAGCCGUCACGCAUGAGGUUCUCGAAUUGUGGACGCCGCAUGCGACCACUUUCAGUGGCUAUGGUCCUUCAGAAUGCACCGUGGGAACUGUCUACUGGCAAGUGCCUCGUCCGGUUCCCACCAGUAUUCAUAUUGGCAAGGGUGUCGGUGUGUCGACCUGGGUGGUUGAUCCUCGGUCCGGCGAGCGUCUGUCUCCCAUCGGCACGGUGGGCGAACUUUGGCUGGAAGGCCCUCUAGUCGGGCAGGGAUAUCUGCACGAGAAGGAGAAAACAGCGAGCUCGUUUGUUGAAAGCCCGUCCUGGCUACUUAAAGGAGCCCCCAGCGUUCAGGUGCCUGGCCGGAGAGGGCGACUAUACAAGACUGGGGAUCUGGUCAAAUACAACCCGGCGGAUGGAAGCUUGGUCUUUGUGGGACGAAAGGAUACUCAGGUCAAACUGAGGGGCCAACGCAUUGAACUGUCCGAAGUAGAGCAUCAUCUUCAGCAGGCCCUGACCAGUCUGUCUAUCAAGGCAGCUGUCAUCGCGGAGGUGGUUGUUCCUCAAGUGACCAAACAUGCGGCACUAUUGGCCUUCAUCGGAACUGACCGGGAAAAAAUGGAUCCGAUAGUCGGGAGGUUGAAUGACAUCCUGUCCGAUCGGGUGCCUUCAUACAUGGUCCCAGCCGCUUACAUCCCCAUUGAUUCCAUUCCCCUGACGGCUACAGGCAAGACGGACCGACGGCAAGUACGUGAGAUCGGAAGCAGUUUGAGCAUGGAGCAAUUAAGCGGACCAGGUGCUCGCGGAGGUCGACCUCCCUCCAGUGAGCAUGAAUGCAUGCUACAAAAAGGAUGGUCACUGGUGCUCGGAGUGCGUCCAGAUUUGAUCUCCAUUAAUAGCAAUUUCUUGAGACUCGGGGGCGACUCUAUCUCCGCAAUGCGUCUGGCUUCGUGGACCCGUAGCCAAGGCAUCUCCCUGACUGUUCAGAACAUUAUGAGCUUUCCCAAGCUAUUUGACAUGUCACAGAAAAUAGUUGCCCUGAAUCCAACUCUAGAGACAGGCUUAAACGUCCCUCCGUUUUCCCUCCUGAAGCAACCUGACGCUAGAAGCGCGACCUUGCGUGAUAUUGCCAGCAAGUGCGACAUCAGUACCUCCCAGAUCCAAGACAUCUUUCCCUGUACCGGAGUCCAGAAGUCUCUCCUUUCCAUGACGGCCAAAAGCGAGAAGUCCUACAUUGCCCAUUUCCUUCUCCCGCUUGCCGACGGCGUCGAUAUUGCUCGUCUCAAGCAGGCAUGGGAGGAUGUCAGCCAAACAACGGCUCCGAUACUCCGAUGCCGCGUUGUAGACACACCGGCCGAAGAAGGCCUUGUGAUGGUUCAAAUACAAGAGCCCCUGAUAUGGGAUACCUGCGAGACCGCCACCGCAUAUCUGAAAAGCGACCGGCACUCCAUGGGCUUGGCAACUCCGCUUACUCGGCUGGCAAUCGUGGGAGAUGCGUCCAGCAAUGACCUUGCUUGUUUUCUUACCCAGCAUCACGCGGUCUAUGAUGGCUACUCGCUGCCGCUACUAAUCCAGGAGGUAUCAAAGGUCUAUGCUGGACUUGUCGAUAACAGUGCCCUGACAGCGCCCUUCCAGCUCUUUAUCAAGCAUAUUCUGGGCCUUGAUGCUGAGAAAGCUAAAGAGUCUUGGCAGCAUUACUUUUCAGGGCUCAAGGCUGUUCCCUUCCCAGAACUGGCCCAUGAGAAUUACCAGCCGAAGGCAGACUGCACUGUCAAGCGAGAAAUUCAAUUCUCCCAAGGGUCGAAUCGGGAUGUAACCGCUGCAACCAUGAUACGAGCGGCGUGGUCGAUUCUCAUAGCUCGCUAUCUGGACACGGACGAUAUCAUUUUUGGGACAAUGGUCACCGGGCGACAGACGCCUCUCCCUGGGAUUGACCGGAUGAUCGCGCCUCUCAUUAAUGCCGUUCCGGUGCGAGUAAAGGUCGGCCCCAAACAAGAGGUCAAUAGCUUUCUGGGUGACAUCCAACAACAAGCUAUCGAGAUGAGCGUGUACGAGCAGACCGACCUCCUAGAAAUCAGACGAAUCAGUGCGGAUGCCGACAGGGCGAGUCGAUUCAACACUCUGCUUAUCGUGCAGCCUUCGACACAGGCCCAUGGCCAGGAGGUCCCCGGUGGUCCUUUUGCAUCUUCGAGCAAGAUUACCUCUGCGGUCGGCGACUUAGAUGACUAUAACCCAAAUGCGGUCAUGGUGCUCUGCCAACUCAGAGGGAAUUAUGGUGUGAGUUUGGAGAUCAGCUUUGAUUCGAAAGUCGUCGACCGGGCGCAGAUGGAGCAUAUUGCAGCGCAAUUCGAACAUGUUCUACGCCAGGUCUCUGCCGCCGGUACUGGUGCUGUGGAGGAGAUUGAGGUUGUCAGUCCCAAGGACCUGGAGACCCUAUGGCAUUGGAACGCGACUGUCCCUCAGACCAGAGAACAGUGCGUCCAUGAAAUGAUCACCAACACCGUGAAGCGACAGCCCAAUUCCCCGGCUAUCUCGUCGUGGGACGGUGAGCUUUCAUAUCGCGAACUGGAUGAUUUAUCCACCCGCCUAGCCUUACAGCUCCUGGCCCUUGGGGUCAAACAAGGCUCUAUAAUUCCACUUUGUUUUGAAAAGUCAAUGUGGCACGCUGUGGCCGCGCUGGGCGCGAUGAAGGCUGCUGCGGCCUGUGUAGCCAUGGACUCGACACAACCCAAGUUGCGGCUUCGGUCAAUUGUCCAGCAGGUUCAACCAACGGUGAUCUUGACAUCGCUUCACAAUCAAGAGUUAGUCGGCACCUUGUCGGACGCGACCGUCGUCAUCGUCGAUCGAGAUCACCUGCUUCUUCCUCCUGUGGUUGAAGGUAUCCCACCGCUACCCAGAGUUCACCCCUCGGAUACAUUAUACGUUGUUUUCACUAGUGGAUCAACCGGUACUCCCAAGGGUGUAAUCACCACCCAUCAGAACUUUGCCUCCGCGGCGACGCACCAGCAGCAAAUCCUGCACAUCCGGCCCUCAUCGCGCGUCUUCGACUUUGUGUCCUACAGUUUCGACGUCUCUUGGUCGAACCAUCUCCAGACCUUGAUUUGCGGGGGCUGUCUAUGUAUCCCGUCCGAGUGGGAGCGGAAAAAUGACAUUGCCGCGACGUUCAAUCGGAUGCAUUGCGACUACUCUUACUUCACACCCUCGGUGGCUCGAUCGCUCCAACCCUCCUCGAUGCCGGGUCUCAAAUGCUUGGCCAUGGGCGGCGAACCCAUCCAGCGGUCCGAGGUCGCGCGCUGGACUCAAGCGGAGACCAUCCUGGGCAUCUACGGGCCAGCCGAAUGUGCGCAGGCGUUGUCGUUCGUGGUCCUCAGUGGCGCGCCCUGUCGCAAUCAUCAUGUCGGACAUUCCUACGGGGCCAAUACCUGGCUGGUUGUCCCCGGUUGUCCGGAUCGGCUGGCCCCUGUCGGAGCCGUUGGUGAGCUUCUGAUCGAGGGGCCCACAGUGAGCAAGGGGUACUUUGGCAGCCAGGAAAAGACCCAGGCCGCGUAUAUCGUCAAUCCCCAGUGGCUAGUGCGCGGAGGCCCCGGGCAUCCCGGACGAUCCGGGAUUCUGUAUAAGACGGGCGAUCUAUUGAGUUACAACUCCGAUGGUUCAUUAGACUUCAUUGGCCGAAUGGAUGGUAUGGUGAAGCUGCGCGGUCAACGAGUUGAGUUGACUGAGGUGGAAUUCCAUGUCGCGGCGUGCCUGCAGGAGUCCCAGACGCGCCACGGAGGUUUGGUCGCGGAAAUCAUAACUCCACAGAAUGGAGUUCCAAUUUUGGCUCUAUUCCUUCACCUGGCAUGUGGCUCGACACAACUCGGGAGUGAAGAAGCUUCCCUCGCUUUUGCACAAGUUGUUGAGGAGCUGGAGGAGAAACUGUCGGAUCGUCUACCACAAUAUAUGAUUCCUGGGGCCUAUAUUCCCAUAGAUCAGAUUCCCAUGACCGUGACCAACAAGACUGACCGUCGUAUGUUGCGCGAGUUGGGCAAUACCUACACCCUGGAGCGACUCGCCGAACUGCAGGCUCGUGGACGGGGAGGGCGUCGACCAUCUACCGCAAUGGAGAAACGGCUGCAAAGCCUUUGGGCAUCGGUGCUGGGGGUAGAGGCGGCCAGUAUCAGCGCAGAGAGCAGCUUCCUCCGAAUUGGGGGAGAAUCCAUUGCGGCGAUGCGACUCGUGGCCUACGCCCGCGCUCACAAUCUUUCGCUCACGGUGGCACAAAUCUUCAAGGCCCCACGUCUGUCCCAGAUGGCCCUGCUCGUCACGGAGAUUUCCGCGGAGGCAAAGAAGGAUGAGGUGCUUCAGAAAAUUCCACCCGCAUUCUCGUUAUUGCCCGAAGACAAUAGUCCUUCUGCUUUCAUGAGAAAGUACGUCGAGCCUCUGCUGAAUGGUGGUAUGCAUGAAGGUUGCUCCGUCGAAGAUGUGCUUCCUUGCACAGAUUUCCAAGCCUGUGCCAUCCGGGAUGCCUUGCAGGAUAUUCCAGGAAGACUGCCCAUCUGGAUCCUGGACCUCCCUCCCGACGUCGACUUCGCGCGUCUCCAGUCCGCUUGUACUGCCCUCGUGCGUCACUUCGAAAUCCUCCAUACUGUCUUCUUGCAAGCCGAGGAUCGGUUCUGGCAGGUUUUACUCCCUGGACUGGAGCCUUUGUAUGAUCUUUUUGACGUCGAGGGCGACAUCCAAUUCUCCAUCGAUACGGUUUGCAAGGACGAUUGCCGACGACCGCGUCGCUUAGGGCAGUCUUUCAUCCGCUUCAUGGCUCUUCGCCAUCAGUCCGGCCAGCAUCGUCUGCUGUUCCGGAUCUCCCACGCCCAAUUCGACGACUAUACCUGGGCAAAAGUCCUCGAAGCCCUCUCCUUGCUGUACAGGGACCAACCCGCCGCUCUGCCACAGCUCCCUUCGUAUCGCCAAGUGCUUGCGUUCCACCAUCGUUGCAAGCAACAAAGUCUGGAGUACUGGGCCUGCCGACUGCACCAGGCCAACUAUCUGAACGGCCUUUCCUCGGUGCCUAGUGCACCCGCCCACCGGGCCAACGACCCCGCAAACCGACUGACGGUCACAAGAACCAUCCCAAUGCCGCAGAGUCGCAAGCAGGACCACGAAGGAAUCUCCACCGCGACCUUCUUUCACGCAGCGUGUGGUAUCGUGCUCGCCCAACACGCAAGACAACAUGAGGUCGUCUUCGGCCGCCUGGUGACAGGCCGCGUGAUGCUGCCGGGCGUCCUCCAAUACGCCGUCGGACCGACCCUAACCGAAGUUCCGGUCCGGACCCGCGUCGACCGACAGAAAGACACGCUCUUUACCGUCGCGCAGCGGCUGCAACGCCAAUUCCUCGAGGAUGCGGCCCACGAAUGGGCCGGCAUGGAGGAGAUCAUCCACCACUGUGCUUCAGAUAGAUGGGCGCAGGGCGUGCGGGAUUUUGGGUGGCGGACCGCAUUCCAGCAGGAAGAAGAAGAUGGCAAGGAGGAGGGGGGGAGCAAGAGUGGUACCGAGUUUCUGGGCGCGGUCUCGACUUAUCAGACCGAGCAGCCGCCGAGGGACCGGCCUGAGAUAUAUGCCACCCCGCGCCGGGGCGGUAGCCAACUGGUUCUGCAUUUCGAGGGCAAUCGGAUGUGGAUCACGGAAGAGACGGUGCAGGUGAUCUUUGCUGCCAUUGAGGCUGUUUUGAGUGAUCUGGAUGCUUGAGCAUUCGCCGCGAGGACGGGAGUAGAGAGUGCUUGCUAGAUCCCGUUAUUUCACGAUUGGUCAUUUGCUGACUCGUAUGAAACAACUUAUCUAUAUACUCAAGUUACAGCAUCGUAUUUACAUAACCAACC